AUGCAUCUGCUGUUGCUCUCCACCGUGACCUCCAUCCUCUGGACCGUCGCUCGCAUCACCUCCGCGCUCAAACCCUCCGGUGACAGAGAGAUCCUGGAAGACUGCCGCAGCUGCCUGGAUUGUUCCCAGGACAACGGCUGUGUGCGUUGCCCCGAGCGACUCUUCCUGUUCCUGCAGAGGGAUGGGAUGUCCCACCAUGGUGUGUGUCUGCAGGCCUGCCCCCCCGGGCACUACGGGCAGAGAGGGAAGCAAGCCAACAUCUGCAUGAGGUGCAAGUCUCUGGACUGUGAGCAGUGUUUCAACAGGGACUUCUGCACCCGGUGUCGUCCCGGGCUGCAGCUCUACAAGGGUCGGUGUCUGACCCGCUGCCCCGCCCGCACCUUCCACCACCACGGAGACUGCUUGGAGGACUGUGUGUUGGUCCCGGGGGGGGAAUGGGGGGAGUGGACUCCCUGUCUGCGUGGCGGCGCCCCCUGUGGCUUCCGCUGGGGCCGACAGAGGAGGACCCGCCAGCCGGAGCUGGCCCCCAAUAGGCCUGAAGAGAAGUCCGAGCCCCCGUGUCCAGUGCACAGAGAGACACGCAGCUGUAGGAUGAAGAAGAGAUGUGAGAAAGAAAGGAAACCAGGACUUGGGAGAAAGAAAGAGAAGAAGAGAUUGCUGCUUCAGUCCGGUGGAGUUCCAGAGAUAGAGACACAGACACGGCGAGACACACAUCCGACGCGAGAGACACAACCGACGCGGGAGACACAACCUACGCAAGAGACACAACCGACGCGAGAGACACAAGCAGAGCGAGAGACAAAACCAACGCAAGAGACACAAUCGACGCAAGAGACACAAGUGGAGCGAGAGACGAAACCAACGCAAGAGACACAAUCGACGCAAGAGACACAAGUGGAGCGAGAGACACAACCGACGCGAGAGACACAAGCGGAGCAAGAGACACAUCCGACGCGAGAGACACAACCAACGCGAGAGACACAACCAACGCGAGAGACACAACCGAUGCGAGAGACACAACCUGAUCGAGAGACACAAAGGCAGCGAGACAGACAGACGGAGCAAGACAAGCAGACGGAGUGCCCGACACAGACGAUUGGCUAAAGAUUGACACGCUCACACGUAAACAAACACAUGUAUGACGGCAUAUCACUGCCAAAAAAAUAUAAUAAUCGAGGGCAAACACAACUAACACAUCCGUGCACACAAAUCAUUAUUACAAGCACUGUAACUGUACUCAUGCUCAGUAAUUCCCCAAUCUCACAUAAAGUGAAGAAGCAGCCAACUGACGCACCCAUACGCACAAAUGCUAUCUUUGCUCUCGUGCUCGCAAAAGGUUUUCCUGCACGCUCUUAUAUUUUUUCUCCUCAAUCAGAUAUUUCUUCUACGAAAGAGAUUCUGACAUUAUUCUCAGAAUUCUCAAACGUCCCUUAUUUAACCUGUAAGAUUUAGUCUGUGAGAUUAAAGCCAGAAUUCUGACUUUAUUCUCAGAAUUCUGAUUUUAAACUUGGAACUCAAAAAUAAUAACAGCGCUUAUUACACUUCAUUAGACGAUCGCUGUCUUAUAAUUUCACUAAACUACGUUACACGAUCUACUACGAGGCAAUGCAGUACUUAACGUUUAUAUUUCCUGGUCUGUUGAUAUUCUAUAUACUCUAAGUAUAUUCUAAGUAAUACCAAUAUUCAAGGCUGGCUAUGGUUCACUGCGACUGACGAUCCGGCUUUUAUUCAAGAGACACAUGGUAAUAUGUUCUGUUAAGGAGUGCCAGCUGUCUGAGGCGUCCCGCUCUGCUUUAUUGUUCUCUAGACCAUGUUCUGAGACAUCAGCUCUUGAGCAGGCUCUUUUGCUUCAUACAGGGGCGUAGCCACAUGGGGACA